UCAUUUCUUAGUAUAAAGAUUUGGCUUGAUUGGUAUGCCUGGGAGUGGGAAUAUAUCAAUUAGAACUUGGAUAUGGUGUUGUGCAGAGCUUUGUGCUGCAUUUAGUAGGGAAUAUAUAGUCAUUCUGUUAUUGCAGGUGUUACUCAGGAGCGACUAGCUGAAGGUCUAUCUCUGAGACACUGUGCCAUGUCUCUUGUUGGUGAACCAAUCAUGUAUUCAGAGAUUAAUGUACUUGUAGAUGAGCUGCAUCAGAGAAGGAGUUCUACAUUUCUAGUUACAAAUGCACAGUUUCCUUAAAAGAUUAAAACACUGAAGCCAGUGACCCAGUUAUAUGUAAGUGUAGAUGCUGCAACAGAGGAUAGCUUAAAGUCUGUAGAUAGGCCUCUCUUUGGUGACUUUCGGGAGAGAUUCAUUGAUUCCGAUAGCCCUUAGGGAGAAACAACAAAGAACUGUCUAUCGCUUGACCUUAGUGAAAGGAUGGAAUAUAGAAGACAUCGAUGCUUAUUUUAAAUUCUUUAGCCUUGGCAAGCCAGAUUUUGUUGAAAUCAAGGGCGUAACAUAUUGUGGAUCGUCUGCCACAUCCAAGUUGACAAUGGACAACGUGCCUUGGCAUUCUGAUGUGAAGGCUUUCUCGGAGGCAUUAGCUGCAAAAAGUAAAGGUGAAUAUGAGGUUGCAUGUGAGCAUGUACACUCAUGUUGUGUCCUCUUGGCCAAACCCGAAAAGUUCAAGGUGAAUGACCAAUGGUUUACAUGGAUAGACUAUGAAAAUUUCCAAGACCUGGUUAAUAUCAGCAUUCAUUUCAUUAUCAAAAUACUGUUUUGUAGUCCAGAUUGUAAAACGCUAGUCAUUGAAUUAAGGGUGCCCUUGAUAUUAGGGAAUGGUCCUUCCAUCCAAUGGCUGAUAUUUUGCAAUCUGACCUGCAAAACACCAACUCACACCAGACUCUUCAUUAAGUAGUGCCUUCAGAAAAGUUCUGAUUUCCAACUUCUUUUGAGGAUGUAGGUGGCUUCUGGCAAGCCUUUCAGAAGCGAGGAUUAUAUGGCUCCCACACCCUCCUGGGCCCUCUAUGGUGCCGAGGAGGGUGGAUUAGACUCAGUUCAUGAGUAUGUUUGGUGAAAUUUAUAAGAGUUUCAGUUUUUUAAUACUAUUUAAAUUUCAUAAGUUCAUAUUUUUAUUUUUUUUUAAUCUUAAACAAAUCUUAAACAGUAAAUUUUAAAAAACUUUAAAUUUAUGUUUUUUAUAAAUUUCUUUUUUACUUACUUUUUACUCAUUUUUUUUAUUUUUAAAAGUAAUUUUUAAAUAUUUUUUCAAUAAAAAUUUAAAUUUAUCAUCUAUAAACAAUUAAAAAAAAAAAAUUCUUACAAAUUUCACCAAACAUACUCUCCAUCAAGGUACCGGAAGGAGCGACAUCACAAAUCAAGUCCCAAAUCAAGUCACUAAUUUAUAUAUACAGUUUUGUCAUCCAUCUUUUUGGAAUAAUCAGAAUCUCUUUCGUUACUUUUACGUUACAUGGCUAAUAUACAAUUGCAAAGUUC